AUGGCACUCCCAUCCAACUUUACGCCCGAGAUGUUCCUGAAGUUCAUUCCCAAGUCGCACAACCACUUCCUGCUCUACGAGAAGACGAUGUUUGUUGCCUCAGCCGCUAAUCCCCUGUGCCACGUUCCGAAAGCCCAGGCCCUCGUUACUCUGUGCAAAGAGCUCGUCAUGACAGUGUGGCCCGUCUCGCUCGGCCGAAAUCCGGCUACGGCGGAGCUUCCCCGCGCGUUCCCGGCUCCGUGGCUAUGGAUAUGGGCUACCACGAACCGUAAAUUUGAGGUUAACGUCGGGGACCCGUACGCGCUACUCAAGCCAGGCGCCAGCUUCCAGGAUCUGCACGAGCACAUGGAGAAGCACACACUGCGCGGGCAUCCUUGGCUCUCCACCCCCGUUGGCCAGGGCUCCGUGUUCGGCAAUACUAUCGAGCGCGGCGUGCUAGACAUGGAACGUUGGCAGCUCAUCGGCGCCGUCUGCAGACCCAAGCUCGUUCGUGAUGUCCUAUUUCAUGUCAUCAAGCGCGAGUUGCUUUCCGUUCCUGGCUCGCGCUUCUUCCUUCCCGAAUACCGUGCUCGUGACAACCUCCUUCGCGCCCGUGGACUGCUGAUGCAGGGUAUCCCUACGGUGGAGGAGCUGAGACAUCUGAAUCACGGCUUCGCCUACCUCGGCGCAUUCCCCGUCGGCAUGCAAGAACUCCCGCACAAGCUGGCUAAGGAGACGACGUCGCACGGCUGGGGCCAGUUCCGCGCACACAUGGCGCCCAUGGACCCGGUAGCUGACACCUUCAGCUGGAACGACAACGCGCAGGAUCUUAAUGGCAUCGUUGCACCGGGGAGAAACGUGUACACCAUGUACUCUACAGAUCGCACCGCCGGGCAGCUGAAUGCCUCGACGAGAUCCAGGCCCUAA